UUUGGACAAUUUUUUCGAUUUUUUGUUUGAAAUUGCCUUAAAAUUCAAUUUUCAACUCAAAUAAAUGCACUUCAGGACGUUAUUGACACACAAUAGAAUAGCAAUUGCCGAGAAAAUUCUGAAAAUUUCAAGGAAAAUGUGUGACAACGCAAAGCCGGUGCUGAAAGAGGACCAAAAGCUCGUUCGAUCCGCUCAAACGCAACAUGGAACGAAGGAAAAUGCUGAAAGUAUCCUCGUUUUCAAGGAAAAUCAUGUCGCGGAAAAGGUUUCUGACACUUCGGGAGCAUGGAAUGAAGACUUUCACGUCAUAGAAUCAUCACAAAUGCAGAAAUUCGACAAAAACCCCGAAGAACCAGAGCAAAAACGGAAGCCAAGUACCACAAAUGACCCGAGACCUCCAAAAAAGAAACGUGUAAAAGCUGAUUUCAUGAACAGAGAUCGUCCCGGAUACACUGAAGAUCGAUUCGACGAAACCUCAUACUAUUUCGAGAAUGGGCUUCGUAAAGUUUAUCCCUAUUUCUUCACUUUUACGACUUUCACGAAGGGCAGAUGGGUCGGCGAGAAUAUUAUGGAUGUCUUUACGAGAGAAUUUCGAGCGUAUCCCAUUGAGAAGUACAACAAGACAAUACAGGAUGGCAAAUUGACGGUAAAUGACAAAAAAGUUACGGAAGAUUACAUUUUGCAGCACAAUGACUUCCUCUCGAAUACGGUGCAUCGUCACGAACUUCCUGUCGUCGCUCAAAAGAUUGAAAUUGUUCACUUGGAUGACGAUGUUUGUAUUAUAGACAAGCCAGCGUCGAUACCCGUACAUCCGUGUGGGCGGUAUAGACACAAUACGGUCGUUUUUAUCCUUGCCAAGGAGUAUAACUUUAAAAAUCUUAAACCAAUUCAUCGUUUGGAUCGUUUAACGUCGGGAUUGUUGAUGCUGGGGAGGAAUGUGAAUCGUGCAAGAGAGAUGCAGAGACAUAUCGAUCAGCGAGAAGUGCAAAAAGAAUAUGUUUGUUGCGUUGAAGGUGAAUUUCCAUCCACUCCAAUCACGUGCGCUGAACCAAUCGAACCCAUGAGUCACAAAAUUGGCAUCUCACGAGUCUCCAAAUCUGGAUCCGACAAAGGCAAAGAAUGUCAAACGUUUUUCGAACUCUUGCGUUAUGACUCGAAAUCAAAUACUUCGAUCGUAAUUUGCAAACCUCGCACUGGCAGAAUGCAUCAAAUUCGCGUUCAUUUACAAUAUUUAGGCUUCCCAAUCGUCAACGAUCCUUUGUACAAUCACACAGUUUUUGGUCCUACCAAAGGCAAAGACGGCGAUUUUGGAGGACAAACGGAUGAUGAAUUAAUCGCUCGUCUCAUUGAAAUUCACAAUGCGGAAAAUUUUCUCGGAAUUGAAGGUGAUGAAGAUUUGGCAAAGUUGAAAAUAGAAGCAGAAAAUGUAGAAAAAUCGAAAAACCCGAAUGACAAAUCGUGCCAAACAGGAUAUGAAGCUCCUGAUUCCACGUUCGAUCCUGCGAAAAUGACGUCAGAUGAGAAUUGUUUAGAGUGUAAGAUGGUAUUUAAGGACCCGAAUCCGGAGCAGUUGGUCAUGUACUUGCACGCGUUGAAGUAUACGGGACCAGAUUGGCAUUACGAGACAAAGUUACCAUAUUGGGCACAAGAAGGCUUUGAAUAUCCUUUGAAAAAAGUUCAAUAAAAUAUUAAAUUAUUUUUUUAAAUAAUAAAAAUA